AUGGCCACAAAGCCACUAGCAGAAAGCUCCAAAGCAAAUGACGAGGAGACCCAAUUGCUCGCAGACGAGGACUACGAUGUGUACGAGCUCGAUGACAGAUCGCGUCCCAUUCCGAGAGGGGUGUGCCCACAUUGCCAUCGGCAACUGGGUCAGCAACGGCAGCAGAAUCAGGGGGAAAACGACGUCGACGUGUUAUGGUGCUGCUGGGAGCGCAGCAACGCGCCAAAUUGGGUGUGUCGUUGGGAUGACGAAUGGCGGCACGUAACCUUGAGAGAUUUGGGUUUCAAAGAAUGGGACGGCACAAGCGUAGCGUGUGCCUGGCAGGCAGCUCCACGGCAGCUAUUCUUGCAUCUAGUGCCCCGGCCAGGUUGGCGAGCGCUGCUGACGGCCAUUUUCCUUGUCCUUUGGGCUUCCACGUUCAAGUAUCUCGUAGAUCAAGAGAUCCAGAGCAAGCCCAGAGUCGUCCCCAGUACAUCUGUCGACGCUGGUCUGCCUGUGCGUUACCUCGAUUGUACUGAUUCACUUUGGGGUUCCUUUGGCGAAGGAUGUGGGCUGAACGGCGCCAACUGCCGUCCCUUCUCCAACGUGUCUUUCGUCUUCCGGUGCAACGGUUGGUGCACUGAUAACAAGACUCACUUUGAUCCCUACCACGUCGGCCGUCUCGUCGUUGACCGCAGCCCGCUCGUCAUCGGCGGAGGUGCUGGGAGCCCAUACCGGGGUGACUCGUUCAUCUGCCCUGCGGCCGUGCAUGCUGGGCUCAAGGAUGGAUGCGGCAAGGUGACUCUGACGGGAGAGUAUUAUCAGUUCUUCAACUCUUCUCAGAACAAUGUCGACUCGAUAUCAUUUCCGUCAUACUUCCCAUUGUCGUUCACGGUCUCGAAGACUGACAUUUGUCCCCCCCUUCCCGGCUCGCUAGUUAUGAAGAUAGCCUUCCCGCUUACUAUCGUCUUCACCGUUAUUAUCUCUCUUCUGACUACCUCCCCAGCGCUCAUGUUCUUCUCAGCCUUCAUAGGCGUUUACACGACCUGCUCUUUCAUCCGCUCUGCUACAGCAGGUGUUACUGAUAUGUCGUUGAGGGUAUCGAAGUUCUCUUCAUCCCUACCCUCAGUUCUCUGCAUUGCAGGCGUCCUCUACUUGACGAUCGUUCGAUACCCUCUUCGAGCGUUUCCUGCGUCUGCCGCCCUAGUCAAGAUUGGCAGCUGGCUCUUGCCUUUCUGGCUUGGCUCGACUACCCCCCUUCUUGGGUACCACGGCACCGAAGCAUUCAAGGGCUGGCUGCUUCUCAUCAUAAUUUGGGCGAUUACAGGGUGCACUGCUUUGCUGGACGGCUAUUUUUGGCACCGACUCGCAUUGUUUGCCGCCCUCAUUGUUUCUCCCUUGCUCGCACUUGCCAUCGAUCCCAACUGGAAGAGCAAUUAUCUCUCAUGGCAAUUCUUUGCUUUUGUAAUGCUUCUCCCACUUCUCGCCCCAAAGCAUCGCUGGUGGUUCAUAAUAGCAUUUUGCCUCGGUAUAUUCACUUCGGGAAUGGCGCUUGACGGAGGAUUAGGGCCUGUUUUGAAGCCGAACCCCUUUCAACUGUCGACCCCAGAACCCUUCCCCGGUGCUCAUCAUCUACUCCCCACGGUCCUCCCUCCCAUGGUGAAGCAGGUAGCUCCCGGAUACUCCAAGAGCUGGGGCAUUUGGUUCAAGUUCCAGUGGCCUCAGAACGCCACGCUGACAGAGGCUGAAGCAAUCCGUUCGGGGGCGGUGACAGGGUUGAGCAUUAUGGUCAAUGACGUCGAGCGGUUUCGAGGCUGGUUCGCGGAGAAACCGCUAGAAGAUAUGAUGUUUUCGUGGACUAGGGAACGCGGCCUUAAUACGGCCGACGAGUUCUUUCGGUUCGGGUUCCUGGGACAAGGAGGAAGGCCGUUAAGAUAUACCGAGGCUGGGAUGUGGUUCCGAAACGGAAGCUGGAGUCAUGGAGAGGGGUAUUACUAG